CAGCCUCCCGCUCCCCUGAGGGACCCACGCCAGCACUGCGGGGCUCCGACACGGGGCCCUGCCCAGGCACCUGUGCUGAGGCCUCGCCUGCGGGACCCGGUUAUUAUUAGAGCCCUUUCGCAGGUUGUUUCUGCUUACGUGGUUUGCAGGUGGUGCUUUUGCAGGAGGUGAGAACGCCGGCACUGCGCAGAGGCUCGCGCGCAGCCUGCCUCCUCUUGAGUCAGCUACAGAUGCCAGCAGUGAUGAGAUGGGCUGGAGACAACAGGACGACGUGCCGGGGCUGAGCAUGGCUCUCCUCCUCUCUCACGCUGCGCUCAUGCUCCUGCUGCCGCUGGCUUUUCCUCAGGAGGCUCUCAGAUGUCAUGAGAGCAAAGUGAUUCUCGUGACCGAGGGGGAGCCCAUCUCGAUUGCGUGUCCUUUCCACAAACACUGUGGCAUCAAGGAUACCUUCCAUGAGAUCAUCUGGAGCUAUGAGAAGGACUCGAGAAGGAUCCUGCAGUUUAGGAUGACACCUCCCACGAACACCUCCGUUGUGUCAUGCAAGGAAGGUCACUUCAGGGGUGAGCUGGAUUUUGGAAGGUGCGUGAGCUUUCUCAACAUCUCAGAAGUGCUUAUAAAUGACGCUGGCCGUUACCUCUGCUACGUGAAGGUAGGGCUGAGCAGUCCAUCGACAGAGGUGACUCACCUGCUUGUUAGAGGUCAGCAACCCAGCGCAGCCUCCGAGGGCCUCCGCUACUCUGUGCCUCGAGGCAGUGAAGUCAUUUUGGACUGCAAUUUCACCACCAAUGUGACCGGCAACUUCACGGAGCUCUUCUGGCUGCAUGAGCGAGAGGAGAGCCCACCUCGACUCAUUGCGUGGCACCAUGAGUCCAGCUGCCCAGACGGGAACAGCACUGGGAAUCGCUUCCAGAGCUCAUUGGAUCUGGAAAAUCACUGGAGCCGUCUCACCAUUUCUGGGCUGCAGGAGAGUGACAGCGGCUGGUACCAGUGCGAGAGACUGGGGCAGUUUUCUGGUGGGCAGAGAGGGAGAGGAACCAACCUCACCGUGGAGAGCUCCCUGACUGCACUACUGGUGGCUUCGGGGAGUGCUGGGUUUGCUCUGGCUGCCUUCUGCCUGUACUGUCUGUGUUGCUCCGACAGAGCUCUGCGUCCCCUCUGCUCUGCAUUCAACAGGCAUCGCGCUUGUGCAAGGAGCCUAGACGCCUCGCCAGAAGUGCCAGGUCCCCCCUCCGGGCCCGCUGAGGAGUGCGUGAGGGAGCCCGCAGGCAGGGAAGCCACCUACGCCGGCCUUAGCAGCGAGUACAGCCUCCUCACUUUCCCCGGAAGGAGCUCCAGUGCUGGGGGCCAGGGACAAAGGUGACAUCCCAGGAGGGACAGGCGGCUGUGCUGCGUGUCCGUGCUCAUGGCGCUGCGGAUGGAUUCCCUUCCAUUGCACCAAGGUCCCUAGCAAACCCUCCUCUUCUUCAACAGUUGUUUCUUGUGUUUAGCAGGUGUAUCAAUUAAAACCACUGGAGGACAGAC